AGAGGACGUCAACCCAAGCCAGAAAGAAUGUUGCCAUGGUUUCCAGAAACCGAUUCUUCCCUACACCCCCCGGCUUUUUCGCCGGCGCUGGGGAUUCCGUAGUUUCCGCUUCCGGUCGCGAGUGCCUCGGACCAGUGCUGAGUGCGACCGGACCUGCAAAGUGAAGACUUAAAUCCAAGGCCAUGGCAAAACACCUGAAGUUCAUUGCCAGGACUGUGAUGGUACAGGAAGGGAACGUGGAAGGUGCAUACAGGACCCUGAACAGAAUCCUCAGCAUGGAUGGGCUCAUUGAGGACAUUAAACGACGAAGAUACUAUGAGAAACCUUGCCGCAGACGACAGCGGGAAAGCUAUGAAAACUGCCGGCGGAUCUACAACAUGGAAAUGGCUCGAAAGAUCAACUUUUUGAUGCGAAAGAAUCGGGCAGAUCCAUGGCAGGGCUGCUGAGAUGUGGAUUGAUGGCCCACAUCAUUUGUCUCCACCUCUUUCUCUACAAUAAACUCAAAUCACAUAUAUGCA